AUGGCCUACGAUGAGGAAAAACAUCUGGGUCAGUCUGUCGGGGAGGAUCUAAGAAAAGUUGCAAGUCAAUCGGCCUUCGACGUUGGCUCUUCCAAUAAAGCGACUCUCGAGUAUGAUAAUGCCACCAAUGACAGCAUUCUUGGCAAAUUACGCGCCUUUGAGACGUCUCUGGACAAGAAAUUUGGCAUCGAAAGCCAGGCCAUCAACCGCGUCCUCCCAGAGGAAAAGGUACCACAGCUAUGGCACCACCAGGCUAUGAUGGCUCUUUUAUGGGCAGGAUGCACAAUGAACAUUUCGUGCUUCUCUACUGGGUUGCUGGGCUGGGAGUUUGGUCUAGACUUCACACAAUCCAUUACUAUCACCAUUUUUGGAACUCUGUUAGGAUCUAUGGUAUCUGGAUGGUGCGCCAUUCUUGGACCUGGUACUGGAUUGAGACAAAUCUCAAUAUCGCGUUACUCGUUUGGCUGGUGGCCAUCAAAACUUGUCGCAGCUUUGAACGUCAUUUCUCAGAUUGGCUGGAGUUCUGUUGGUUGUAUCACUGGAGGAUCGGCCUUGUCUGCUGCGUCGAGUGGUAGAAUUGGUCCUAUUCCAGGAAUAAUCAUCAUUGCUGUCAUCUCUUCGGUGAUUAACCUUUGCGGGUUGAAGAUGAUCUUGUCUUACGAGAAAGGCGCCUGGUUUGUUUUCUUUGUUGUCUUCAUGGUCAUGUACGGAGAAAUGGCCCCUAAAGCGGACAUCAAGACGAAAAGCACACUUGCUGGUGCCGAUCUGCAUGGACAGGUCCUGUCGCUUCUUGCGGUUGUGUAUGGCUCCAGCGUCUCAUGGGCCUCGGUUGCUGCCGACUACUAUGUUCAGUAUCCCAUCACAACGUCCAAGACCAAGGUUUUUAUUCUAACCACUAUGGGAAUCACAAUCUCCACCUGCAUUGGCAUGGUCCUAGGAUGCUGCGUCGGGUCAACAUUGGCUGUCAACGAGGAUCUCGCAAACACUUAUAAUAAUGAAGGUGUUGGCUUUCUCAUCCAAGCCAUGAUGUAUCCCCGUGGUUUUGCCAAAUUCAUUCUCGUCAUCCUGGUUCUAGCAGGCAUAGGAAUGAAUUGCAUUAACUUGUACUCAUGCGCGCUGUCCGUCCAACAGUUCGCUCGCCCAUUUGCCCGCGUUCCUCGCUUUCUCUGGACAAUCCUGCUAUUUGGCAUCAUUAUAGGAAUUGCGAUUGGUGGUCGAGAGCACCUGAACGCAUAUCUGCAGAAUUUCCUGUCCUUGCUGGGUUACUGGGCUACUUCCUUUUUUGUCAUUAUAUAUAUCGAGCACUACCUCUUCCGCAAGGGCAGGUUUGAAAACUACGACUUGGAUGGCUGGAAUGACCCCAAGCGCUUGCCUAUGGGUAUCGCAGGAUUGAUUGCUUUUUUGAUAGGAGUGGUGGGGUGGGUUCUUGGUAUGGUGGAAACUUGGUUUUCUGGCCCUCUAGGUCUUUUGAUUGGGAGUGAUGGCGGUGAUAUUGCCAACGAGCUUUGCCUUGUUUUCACUGUCGUCACGUAUAUCCCUUUGAGAUAUCUAGAGUUGAGGUAUAUUGGACGAUAA